UAAUACGUCUGUAUACCUUGACUGUCAGUUGUCAAAAAAAAAAAUUCGAUCCAAUAUUGAGAAAAUAAUAAAAUUUUAAAAUGAGUGUGGCUGGAAAAAAUAUUUCGAUACGGGAUGUUUCAGGAAUGGUUAAACUUCUUAGAGAAUUUCUGUUGGGAAGAAAAUACACAAAUGCGUUACGUUUUCCACCAUUUGUAGCUACCAGAUCACCACCAUUACCUGAAAUUCCAGACGGACCUUCACAUAAAUUAUCCGAUAAUUAUUAUUUUACAAGAGAUGGAAGGCGAGAAAUUAAACCACCAGGAGUUAUUUAUUCACAAAAUUUAUUAGGAUCUGGUGAAUCGAGUGUGGCUGCAAAAUUACCGAGACCAGGUAAAGUUCAUAUUUGGGAUUAGAUUUUUGGAAAUAAAUUUUAUGUAGUGGAAAAAUUUGUAAAUAAAUAGUUAUUAAAAUACA